CUACAACCACAUCAGAACCAUCUACUAUGACUGCAACUGGAAUCACAUCAGAAACAUCUACUUCAACAACUGCAACUACACUCAUGUCAGGAGUAACAACUACAGAAACUGCAACUACAACUUCAUCAGAACCAUCUACUUCAAUAACUGCAACUACAGUCAAAUCAGGAAUAACAACUACAGAAACUGCAACUACAACUACAUCAGGACAAUCUGCUACAACUGCAAAUGCAGUCACAUCAGAACCAUCUACAACAUUAACUGCAACUACAACCACAUCAGGAGAAUAUACUGUGACUGGAACUACAACCACAUCAGGGCAAUCUGCUACAACUGCAACUACAGUCAUAUUAGAACCAUCUCCUUCAACAACUCUGACUGCAAGCACAACAGAACAAUCUCCUAAAACAACUAUAACUUCGAGUACUUCACAACCAUCUCCAUCAACUACAACUGCAUCAGUACCAACAGAAGCUGUAACUACAGUCACAACAACCACAACGACCACAAAUCCUAUAAAUUAUAGUGAAAGACUGGAACUUAAGUUUUCUCUUAUGAUUGAUUUUACAGAUGAUCUGUAUGAUCCAACUUCAGAAAAUUAUAAAAAAUUGGAAUUGCAGGUUGUAUUGCAGCUUACCUAUCUUUACAAGACAAAGUAUGGACCUAUAUUCAUCAUGGUGAUUGUAAUAAGUUUCAGCCCUGGAUCUGUGGUUACGGACACUGAGCUUGUGUUCAACACCUCUAUGCCUGAUUCCCUACCCACUGCAAAUGAUGUGAAACAAGUCCUUAUCCAGGCUAUAUCAGAAAACAACAGUAACUUCACUCUUAAGAUCAACUCCAGCAGUAUAACUGUUCAAGAAAUGGCAGGAAUUAGUACAGUGGCUACGAUACCUGUCAGCACACUUGCCACUGCACAAUCUGUUACUGUUCAGACUACACCAACUUCACAGCUGGAAACUACAAGCACUUUUGCUACUAAUGCUUCUACCAGUGUGGCAGCAACCACAUUAACUUCAAUAACUGCAACUUCAACUGCAACUCCAACAACAACCAUUGCAGUGGUAAUAAUCAAACUGCGCUUUGCUAUGUCAAAGGACUUCACCUCAGAGUUAAGCAACACCAGCUCACCACAAUUCCAAACUCUGGCAGCUCAAGUAUAUUUAGUGGUCAACCAGGUAUACCGAGACCAUUUUGGCAACCAGUACAAAGGUAGCAAUGUAACACAGUUCAGCAAAGGCUCAGUGGUGACCUUCAUUGACCUCUUCUUCAGUGGCACUGACCCCCUCCCAAAUUCUAUAGACAUAGUGAAUGCCCUCAAACAGGCCGUGAGCAACAACAACACCCUCUCCAUCAUCCUCGACUCCAUCCAAAUUAACAGUGCAGCAGGAAGAAACAGUGUAUCUUGUGCUGUGCUGCUGGCUGCACUCACACUUCUGCUUGCGGGUCACCUGUAGAUAGCCGCUGCCCAACGACAGUGAAGAUACAUAGAGAUGGAGCAGAAGAUGGUCAGGCUGCAAAGGACAAUACAUAGAUUUUAUUUAUCAUUUUGCAAAGGACUAUAUAUAAUUUUAUUUAUCUGCUAUUACCUUUUUUUCCACCGUAAUCUCUAAUAUUCUUCUUAAGUGUUGAUGUAAACCAGAAGAUAUUUAAAAGAAUGAACUGAUGCAUUUGUAUAUAGGAUCUAACAGUAGAUUUACUGUGUGGUGGCACCAUAAUAAGGACAUGCAUAGCAUCUUCAGGGACUACAAGGUUGUGUGGAGAAAAUGAAGACAGUAGAAGAUACCUGCUACCUUUGGUGUAAUUCAUACAGGUUGUGUGCUUCUAUCACUGCAAAUGAGAUGAAGAGAAAAAUACGGGAUAGCAAGUCAUUCGAACAGCAGUUUCAAGGGAACAGUACUCAACAGCAAAGCAUCCAUACAACCUGGCAAAGCUUGUGUGAUAUUCCAGUCACUUGGAGAUAAUGGGACAUGACGGGGGGCACAGAUGAGUUUCCCUUUUCCAUAUACUACCCCAGGAAGUGCACACCAUGAUGUGGUGGUGCUGCAAUGAACUCUAUGUCCCAGAGGGCCUGGUUCCAAACCUGCUAAAUGCUGCCAUUUACAUAAAAACCAUUCCAUGAAGGAACAAUGUCAUUUUCAAAGGUUGUGUUUUUAAAAGGUCAUUUAAUAUCUUCUGCUACAAAUUCAUUUUGAAACUCUUUGUUUUUAUAAGGUAUUUGAAGAAACAGGAAGAAAGAUUACCACCUUCUCAAGCAGUGCAAGUUGACUGAAAUGUCUGAGAGAAAUCUAAUGUAUUUCCUGUUCACACAAAACUAGCAAUCAUUAGAAGAACUGUGAAACAUCCCAGAAUCAAACAUGUCUGAACCAAAUACAAGAGACUAAAGUGUGUGGUGCAUAUCUGACCUUUUAAUUUUUUGAUUCAUUACAUGGAUCUUGUUUCUAGAGAUAGCUUGAAGCUUAAUUUUUAUUCAAUUUAAAUCUGACUAACAUUCAAAUUCUAUAAAUUUUGUAUGUUUGUCCAAGAAAUAAUAUUAGUGUAACGCAAACUGAAUAACAGGUGGUGUCUGAGUACCA